GGGCACGGAGGUGGGACGUCCUCCAGGAGAGAAGGAGGACCAGAAGUGGUUCAGAACACCGCAGAAAGUCUCUGCGCUUCCCCCCGCAGUCCGUCAUGCGUCUCGGUGUUUGAAGCGUCCCGGCUGCCGCUGGAGGACACCCAGCACCCCGGAUUAUUUCAUUAUCAGACUUUAAUCCGCGACCCGCACAGCUGUGAGCAAUCCGACAUCAGAAGAGAGAGAGAGGGGGGUUGGAAAGACCUCUCCUGGAGACCGGAUCGAGCCGCAUUCCAGCCCCGGAGCGCAGCGCUCAGGACCCGGACCCGGCGCGCUCCCGUUCCCCCUCCUCUGCAAAACCCCCCCCAAAACCUGGAUCUUGUUUCUGCUUUCAGGACACAAACGAUGGCCACAGAGGAUCGGAUCAGUCUGAACUAGAACCACAAACCCAAACCCAUUCUCUUGCCCGGACCUGGACCUGGACCUGGACCUACCAUGACUGGAUGGUGGAUCUUAGUUGGCGCUGUGACCGGGAUCCUCACCGCCCCCACCGGGACGCAGGAACAACACGUCAUGGAGGCCCGAGUCGUGUCAGGAGUGUACCUGCUACAGCGACGUGCCUAUCUGCAGACCCAUCCACUGUCCCAACCCCCGCUGUGACUUCCAGAGGGGUGAAUAUUUGAGAAUUCCUUCGAACAAAUGCUGCCCAGAGUGCGUCUCCCCGUCCCAUGGCUCCUGCCGCCACGAAGGAGUUACGUACGGACACGACAGCCAGUGGAGUCCCUCUCCCUGCUCCGAGUGCGUUUGCUCCAGAGGGGGCGUGUCCUGCAGCGCUCACACCUGUCCCCAGCCCACCUGCUCCCAGGAUCAGACCCUGUUCGUCCCCGCGGGGGACUGCUGCCCCAAGUGUGCUGGAGGGGGAGAGUCGUGCGCCUGGCAGGGCCUGGUCUACAGGGACGGCGAGGAGUGGGAGCCCAGCUUGUGUUCCAGAUGCUCCUGCAGCGGCGGGAGGGUCCGGUGUUCAGUGGUCGAGUGUCAGCAGGUGGUCUGCAAACCGCAUGAGAACCUGGUGAUCCAGCCGGGACGCUGCUGUCCUCAGUGUGUGUCCAACCCCUGUCUGUCUGCUGGACAUCAGCACCAGCAUGGAGAGCAGUGGCAGAAGGACGACUGCACCACGUGUGUGUGUGACGGGGGUCAGUCGAAGUGCCACACACACACCUGCCGGCCCGUCGUCUGUGACCAGGGUCUGACCCGAGUCAGGCGACCCGGUCGGUGCUGCGACGAGUGCGUUCCCGCCAGAGGAAGCUGCCUGUACCAGGACGCCGUGCGUUAUCACGGAGACGUGUGGAACGGCACGGCCUGCGAGUUCUGCACCUGCGACCGAGGCCAGGUCCUCUGUCGGCGAGCCGAGUGCGGCCGAGUCCAAUGUCCCCAGGACUCGGAGCUCGUUCACUUGCCGGGGAAGUGUUGUCCAGAGUGUUCUCCUGUCAAAGCUUCUUGUCUCUACAAGGGGAAGUACUAUAAGAACCGGGCCCGGUGGGCCGACGGCGGAUGUCGGGGGUGUGAGUGCCGCGAUGCCCAGGUGACUUGUUAUCUGCAGUCCUGCCCCACCUGCCCGCCGGGCAGCCUGUCUGUCACAGAGGAAGGUGGAUGCUGCCCCGAGUGCCUCCAGGUUCUGUGCCACACAGACUGCCUGUCCUGUUCAGGGUCUCCUGACCACUGUGAGACCUGCAGAGACCCUAAAGCUUUUCUCCAUCUGGGUCGCUGCCUUUCCGUCUGUCCGGUGGGUUUCUACGCUGAAGGACAGCUGUGUGCAGCGUGUCAGCCGUCCUGCGCCACCUGCUCCAGCAGAUUAGACUGCCUGUCCUGCGGACCCCAGCUGCCCCUCCUGAGCCCCGACAGAACCCGGUGCCUUGCUGCAUGUCCUCCUGGUUCCUACCAGCGCGACCACACACACUGUCACCGUUGUGAAGAGUCGUGCUCCGAGUGCGGCGGUCCGAGUCGGCAGGAUUGUUUGUCGUGUUCCGACCCGGCUGCUCUUCUCAAAGAUGGCGUUUGUGUCUCUGACUGCGGCGCUGGGUUCUACAACCAGGACGGCGUCUGCUCCGCUUGUGAUCCGUCCUGCGCCUCCUGUUUCCCUGACGCCCCUAAAUGUAUGAGCUGCCCCACAGGGACCACACUGCAUCAUGGGAAAUGUAUUUCUCAUUGCCCGACUCAGCAUUAUCUGGACAGCCACAGCAGGUGCAGAGCCUGCCACAGCUCCUGCGCCUCCUGCUGGGGUCCGUCGGUCUCCCACUGCACCUCCUGUCCAGGUGGGCUCCUCCUGCACCUGGGUCAGUGCGUGGAGGCGUGCGGGGAGGGUCUGUACGCUCAGGACAACACCUGCCACAACUGCCACCCGUCCUGCCGGUCCUGUUUGGGCCCCCUGGCCUCAGACUGCCUCAGCUGCCUGAAACCAGAGGAGGUUCUCCUGCCCCAGAGCGUCCCCCUCCAACACGGCGUCUGCGCGGCCCGAUGUGCCACACGGAGCUUCCUGGACGACACGCGGACCUGCAGAGAGUGCCACCCGUCCUGCCUUCACUGCACCGGACCAUCUGCAGAAAACUGCACCUCGUGUUCCUCCCCGUCCAGCCUGCACGAGGGCCGCUGUGUCCCCACCUGUCCACAAGGUCUCUUCACCCGAGACAACCAGUGUCAAGGCUGCCAUCCAUCCUGCCAGACCUGCUCCGGUUCCUCCCAGGCCGACUGCACCUCCUGCGCCCCGCAGGCCUCCCUGCAGGACGGCGUCUGCGAGACGAGCUGCCAGGAGGGGCGUUUCCUCAGCGCCGCCUCAGGAGAGUGUCUCAGCUGCAGCUCAGACUGCCAGCGCUGCACCACCGACCUUCAGACGGGGGUCGGCAGCGUCUGCCUGUGGUGCGGCGCUCCCAGGACCUGGCUGCUGGGCGAUCACUGCGUCCCUCACUGCCCCCCCUCUCGUUACGGUUGGCACGGAGCCUGCAUCGAAUGCCAUCCUUCAUGUGAGACCUGCAGUGGGGCGGGGCCUCUGUCAUGCUCGUCCUGCCACGCCGCCAGCGUCCUGUUGCCCUCAGGUCUUUGUGCCCCUAAAUGUCCCAUCGGUUACUACGAUGACGGCCGUCGGAUCUGUCAGAGAUGCGACAGUCAGUGCCGAACGUGCGACUCGGCCGGCGCCUGCACCUCCUGCCGCGACCCGACCAAGGUUCUGCUGUUCGGAGAGUGCCGCUACGACAACUGCGCUCAUCAGUACUACCUGAACGGCACCGACCGGACCUGCAGAGAGUGCGACUGGAGCUGUAACACCUGCAGAGGUCCGCUGCGGACCGACUGCCUGCAGUGCAUGGAGGGCUACGUGCUGCAGGACGGGGUCUGCUCACCGGGCUGCUCCGCCGGCUUUUAUCAGGACGGAGACAGCUGCUUCGCCUGUGACGAUCACUGCGUGACGUGUCAGGGUCCGGGACGCUGCCUGGACUGUCGGUCUCCGUACUCCGUCCUGCAGGGCCAGUGUGUCCUCCGGUGUGGCAGGAACUACUUCCUGGAAGCCUCUAAAGUCUGUAAACCCUGCUCGUCUGACUGCGCGCUCUGCGACGGCGUGGGACGCUGCAGCGUUUGUAAUGAUCAGACCUUCCUGAUGGAGGGCUACUGCACCCCCGACUGUGGACCCGGGUACUAUGGUGAUCUGAAGACCAGGACCUGCCAUGUCAACACCGUCAGUCCUGUCCUGCACGUUAACGGGUCCCUGCUGGUCCCUCUCGGUGGUUCUGUCCCGCUGCUGCCCGUCCUGCUGCAGGUGAAGGACCGGGACAGUCCGUCCCAGCGGCUGCUCUUCCAGCUCGUCCACCGUCCCACCAACGGGCAGGUGGUCCUGUCCACGGGGACGGGCCUGCAGGAGCUGGGCACUGACGACACUUUCACCUGGGCCGACCUGGAUCAGGGUCGGGUCCACUUCAGACACCUGCAGGACAAGUCCAGGACUCUCCCCAUGUGUUGUCCGUGCCAAGGACCUGGGUAAAGGAGGGUGGGAUGGUACGACUGGAUAAGAAGUACCUGCUGACCCACUAUAAAGGCGUCGGCUCUGAUGAUAUUCUCUACACCAUCCUUACCUCAAAUGGGCAACCUAAAUAUGGUGAGGUGGUCCUGGUGUCCAUGCCGGCCGACAGUCCACCUGAAGGUUGGCGUCCCUCGCUGACUGACGCCCGACACUUCACCUCCACGACCUCAUUCACCCAGCAGGAUGUGAACGACGGCACCGUCUGGUAUCGUCACUUCGGCUCGGGCUACGAGAGCGACUCCUUCCAUUUUCAGGUGUCCUCAGAGGUCUCGCCCGUCGUGCAAAGUGACGCUCAGACGUUCACCAUCGGAGUUCUCCCUCAGAUCCCAGGAUUCCCUCAGCUGGCUCCGGAUGUUUGUUUGUUUGUGGAGGCUCUGGAGGAUCAGGUGACGGAGAUCACUCCUUCAGCUCUGUCCUUCAUCGACUCUGAGACUCCCAGCGAGAAACUCGUGUACAACAUCACCAAACCUCUCCUCCCAGGACAAGGGACCAUCGAGCACCGGGACAGACCCUACAAAGCCACAAAGUUUUUCACGCAGGCCGACAUCGACAACGGCAAGAUCAUCUACAGACCGCCGCCGGCGCCGGCCCACCUGCAGGAGCUGUACCAGUUCUCCUUCACUGGUCUGCCAGAGUCACUGAGUGUUUAUUUCACAGUGUCAGACGGUGAACACACCACCCCUGAGCUGGACUUUGCCGUCCUGCUGCCUUCGACCCACCAGCAGCCGCCGGUGUUUCAGGUUCUGGACCCGGUGCUGGAGGUCCAGCUGGGAGGACGGGCCGCCCUCGGCGGGCAGCAGCUGGCGGUGAGCGACGCCGACACGCCUCUGGACGAGCUGGAGUUCGAGCUGGUGGACGUCCCCGUCCACGGAGAGCUGAUCCGCACCGACGACGAGGCGCGCAUGACCACCGGCGACACGUUCACCUUCAGCGACGUGACCCGCAGCGUCCUGCUCUACCAGCAUGCCGGCCUCUCCGCCCACGACGACUUCAUGUCCUUCUCGGUCAGCGACGGCGCCUCCAUGGCCACCGCCACGGUCCAGGUGUCGGUGCUGGGCGGGGCGGGCGACGGGCCGCGGCGGGACCCGGCCGCCUCGCUGUCCCUGGAAGUGAGGGAGAGGAGCAGCACCGUCAUCAGGCGCUCGCACCUGGCCUACACCGACGACUCCUCCCCCGACCAUCAGAUCCGCCUCCAGCUGGUGUCCGUACCGAUGUAUGGAGCCCUGACCCGGAGCCGGUCCCAGCAGGACCCCCAGAAGCUCGGAGAGUACUCCUCCUUCACCAUGGAGGACAUCAACGCACACAAGAUCAGGUACGUGACCUCGUUAGAGACAGGAAGUCAGCCGGUGACCGACGUCUUCCACUUCGUUGUUUACGACGCGGACGACAAUCGCCUCGACGACCAGAUGUGCACCAUCACCAUCACCUCCACGCCCCGACAGCCUCCGGUGGUCACCGUACACGGCGGUGUGCAGGUCCAGGAGGGCGGUCGCGUGCAGCUCUCAGCCAAUCACAUCGCAGUGUCGGGCGUGGACCCGUCCAGCUCCGUCCUGCUGGUCUGGAUCGUCGAUCCUCCGAAACACGGCUUCAUUGAGAACACCUUCAGAGGCGGCUCGGCCGGCGGCUCCCGGAUCACUCCAGGUGUUCCGUUUUCUGUCCACGACCUGACGUCCCACCACAUCUUCUACGUCCAGGACAUCCAGAACCAGCCCCGGUCCGGUCAGGACGGUUUCAGCUUCUACAUCAGUGACGGACACGUCCAGACCGAAACCUUCCUGCUGGAAAUCAACAUCCAGCGGAGUCAAGAAGCCAAAGAGCCGGCGGUGUCGGUCAGCAGGAUCCAGGUGGAGGAGAACUCCGGCGUCGUCAUCACCAACUCGUCCCUCAGCGUCCGUGACGAGGACACGCCGGAGAACGAGCUCGUCUUCACCAUCGUCAGGACCCCGGCGUACGGCAAACUGCGGCGGCGACAGUUUUACUCUCAGCCGCUGGAAAACGGUCGCGUCCUGGCGCGGGGCUCCACCUUCACCUACCAGGACGUCCUGGACCGGCUGCUGGUCUACACGCCGGACACGGUCAACGGGGGCGCCGACGAAAUGGGCUUCACCCUCACCGACGGCGUCCACACCCUCACAGGCCGGCUGGAGUUCACCAUGGACGUCAGGAAGAGCGAGGGACCGCGGAUGACCGUCAACAGAGGCCUGCAGCUCACGGCAGGGUCGUCGUCAAAGAUCACAGAGCAGAACCUGAAGGGCUCAGACCUGGACUCGGACAGCCUGAAGCUGCGGUACGUCCUGACCAAAGACCCUCCGGUGGGCAAACUUCUGCUCAGCAGCAGCAGCAGCCGUGUGGAAAAGGUUUCUGUCAAAGGUCCAGCUCACAGCUUCACUCAGGAGGACGUCAACAAAGGCCUUCUGCAGUUCAGCCAUGAGAAGGGUGAGAAAGGCGGCAGCCUGUCCUUCAAGUUCAACCUGGUGGAUCCUGAAGGCAACAAACUGAUCGACCAGUCCUUCUUCAUCAGCGUGCUCGAGGACCACCUUCCUCCCUCUGUGGAUGUGAACAAAGGCCUGGUGUUGGAUGAAAACUCCAUAAAGAAGUUGACCACCCUGCAGCUGUCGGCCAGCGAUCAGGACAGCGAGCCGGGUGAACUCGUCUACCGGAUCACCUCACCGACGGGCCUCGGGCAGCUGGAGCACGUCGCACACCCAGGUAGCAGGAUCUCUUCCUUCACCCAGGCCGACCUGGCGUCACGCAGCGUCCAGUACGUCCACACCAGUGAAGAAGAGAAGCACGCGGACCAGUUCUCCUUCACCGUGUCCGACGGCACAAACGAGGUUGCUCAGACGUUUUACAUCACCAUCAGGCCUGUGGACGACUCGCUGCCUCUGCUCCAGGUGCCCGGUAUGAGAGUCCAGGAGGGUGUGAGGAAGACCAUCACUGAAUUUGAGCUGAAGGCUACUGAUGCAGACACAGAGGCGGAGUCCAUCGUCUUCACCGUCGUCCAGCCUCCUCGCCACGGCUCCAUUGAGCGCACCGGCAAUGGCCAACACUACCGACAGACCAGCACCUUCACCAUGGACGACAUCUACCAGAACCGCAUCAGCUACAACCACGACGGCUCCAACUCACUCAAAGACCGCUUCACCUUCUCCGUGGCCGACGGCACCAACCUGUUCUUCAUGGUGGAGGAGGCCGGCAAGGAGAUCGUGACCGCCGCUCCUCAGAAGUUUAAGAUCGAGAUCCUGCCGGUGGACGACGGCACGCCUCGAAUCGUCACCAACCUGGGGCUGCAGUGGCUGGAGUACACGGACAACAAGGCCACUAAUUUGAUCAGCAGGAAGGAGCUGCUGACGGUGGACCCGGACACAGACGACGGGCAGCUGGUGUACGAGGUCACGGCCGAGCCGAAGCACGGCUUCCUGGAGAGCAAGCUGAAACCGGGCGGCUCCGUCAGCACCUUCACACAAGCUGAUAUCAAUCUGGGUCUGAUCCGCUACGUUCUGCAUCCGGAGAGCGUCCAGGAAACCAUGGAUACCUUCAAGUUUCUGGUCAAAGACAGCAAACCCAACGUGGUCAAUGACAACGUCUUCCACAUCCAGUGGUCCCUCAUCAGCUUCGAGCACCAGAGCUACAACGUGAGCGAGAAGGCCGGUACGGUCGCCGUGACGGUGAAACGAACCGGGAACCUCAACCAGUACGCCAUCGUGCUCUGCCGCACCGAAGAGGGCAGCGCCAAGUCCACCAGCAGCACCGGGUCCAGUCCAGGCCAGCAGGACUACGUGGAAUACGCCGGACAGGUGCAGUUUGACGAGCGCGAGGACACCAAGGUGUGCACCGUGGUGGUGAACGACGACAAGGUGUUCGAGGGGGCGGAGAGUUUCCACGUGGAGCUGAGCAUGCCCGUCUACGCCCUGCUGGGCGCCAACACGCGCGCCGCCGUCAACAUCAACGACACGGAGGACGAGCCCACGCUGCAGUUCCACAAGAAGACCUACCAUGUCAACGAAAGCCUCGGCUUCUUCCACGCCCCCAUCGAGAGGAAAGGCGACGCCUCCAGCACCGUGUCCGCCCUCUGCCGCACCGUGGCCAGGUCGGCUCGCGGGAGCAGCCUCCACGCUCUGGAGUCCGGCUCGGACUACAAGAGCCGCGGCCUGACCAGCGACAACCGCGUGGUCUUCGGCCCCGGCGUCAGCAUGUCCACCUGCGACGUGAGGCUCAUCGACGACAGCGAGUAUGAGCUGUCCGAGGAGUUCGAGCUGGUGCUGUCAGACCCCUCGGACAACGCCCGUCUGGGAGACGUGGGCGUGGCCAAGGUGGUCAUCGACGGACCAAACGACGCGUCGACCGUGACGCUCGGAAACGCCACCUUUACCUUCAGUGAAGACGCUGGCACAAUAGAAAUACCAGUUUUGCGUCACGGCAGCGACCUCUCCUCUCUGACCUCGGUGUGGUGCGCCACCAGACCCUCAGACCCCCCAUCAGCUAGUCCAGGAGUCGACUACAUCCCCAGUUCCAAGAAGGUGGAGUUCAAACCGGGGAAAACAGAAGAGACGUGCAGUCUGACCAUCGUGGACGACAUCCAGAACCCGACCAUCGAAGGAUCCGAGUCUUUUGUCAUCUUCCUCAGUUCUCCUCAGGGCGCCGUCCUGCAGGAACCCUACGAAGCCAACGUGGUCAUCAGCGACACCUUUCAGGACAUUCCCAGCAUGCAGUUUGAGAAGAGCUCCUACACGGUGAAGGAGAGAGACAGCGUCCUCCACGUCCCCAUCCUCCGGACCGGAGACCUGUCCUUCAAGUCGUCGGUGCGGUGCUUCACUCGAACCAUGUCCGCCAUGGUGAUGGACGACUUCGAGGAGAGGCGGAACACGGACGAGUCUCGCAUCACUUUCCUGAAAGGAGAGAAGGUGAAAAACUGCACGGUCCACGUCAACGACGACUCUGUUUAUGAGCCUGAGGAGGAAUUCCAGGUGCAUCUUGGUACGCCGCUUGGCGACCACUGGAGCGGUGCCAUGGUCGGAGUUAAUGACAUCGUCACCAUCACCAUCACUAAUGAUGAAGAUGCUCCUACGAUCGAGUUCGAGCAGGCGUCCUAUCAGGUCAGAGAGCCCCCCGGUCCAGAUGGCGUCGAAGCGCUCAACAUCAAAGUGAUCCGCCGGGGAGAUCUGGACCGGACGUCCAAGAUCCGCUGCAGUACCCGGGACGGAUCGGCCCAGUCCGGAGUCGACUACAACCCCAAGAGCCGAGUCCUCAAGUUCACCCCUGGAAUGGACCACAUCCUGUUCAAAGUGGAGAUUUUAUCGAACGAGGACAGGGAGUGGCACGAAUCCUUCUCCCUGGUUCUCGGUCCUGACGACCCUGUGGAGGCGGUGCUCGGGGAGAUCACCAUGACCACCGUGACCAUUCUGGACCAGGAGGCUGCAGGCAGUCUCAUCCUCCCGGCCCCGCCCAUCGUGGUCUCGCUGGCCGACUACGACCACGUCCAGGAAGUGACUAAAGAGGGCAGCAAGAAGACCCCCUCCCCAGGCUACCCUCUGGUCUGCGUCACCCCCUGCGACCCCCACUACCCCAAGUACUCUGUGAUGAAGGAGCACUGCGAGGAGGCCGGAAUCAACCAGACCCAAGUCCACUUCUCCUGGGAGGUGGCGGCGCCCACCGACUCCAACGGCGCCCGGUCCCCCUUUGAGACCGUGACGGACACCACCCCCUACACCAGUGUCAACCACAUGGUGCUGGACAGCAUUUAUUUCAGCCGUCGUUUCCACGUUCGCUGUGUGGCUCAGGCCCGGGACAAAUCCGGUCACCCCGGGACGCCGCUGAGGAGCAACGUGGUGACCGUCGGCACCGAGGGCUCCAUUUGCCACACGCCUGUUACCACCGGGACCGCCAGGGGCUUCCAGGCCCAGUCCUUCAUCGCCACUCUGAGAUACCUGGAUGUCAAGCACAAGGAACACCCCAACCGGAUCGUAAACAGCCGGAUGUUUGCGACAGGUUUUUCCAUGACGUUCCCUUCGAGGCGGAUUUUGCGUCGGACGUGCCGGAGCUGCAGUCCAUGGCGUCCAUGCCGGGCGUGGACGGCUUCACGAUGAAGGUGGACGCCCUCUACAAGGUGGAGGCGGGGCAUCAGUGGUACCUGCAGGUGAUCUACGUGAUCAGCCCGGAGUCGCGCUCCGGCCCCAGGCUCCAGCGCUCGCUGACGACUCGGCUGACCCGCCCCAAACGUGACCUGGUGGACCGCGGCGGGCGCCUGGCGCUGGACGAGUCGCUGGUCUACGACAACGAGGGCGACCAGGUGAAGAACGGCACCAACAUGAAGCCGCUGAGCCUGGAGGUCGGCCCCUCCCCCACCUUCAACGCCCACGUGGGCAGCUCGGUGGGCGGGGGCUUGGCCGCCCUGGCCCUGCUGGUCCUGGUCCUGCUGGCGUCCUGCUUCCUGUUCCGCCGCUGCCGGCUGACGGCCUCCAAGGAGAAGGGCUUCCCGAAGCCCUGCGAGGAGUACCCCCUGAACACCAAGGUGGAGGUGUGCCUGGACAGGUGUGUGGAGAAGAACUUCAGCAGCAAGCCCUGCACCGUCAGGAACGUCAACAUCAACCGCAACCAGGAGCCCCGCGCCAAGGUCAAGCAGGUCAACCUGGAGGUGAAGCUCCACAACAACCUCAGCGACGGCACCGAGGUCUGAGACCGGGUCUGACCCGGCACGGACUAAAAUAAACGUGUUUGUACUUCACGGAACCAGAUAUUUGUAUUUUUAUACCACUUUGGACAAAGGGAAGAGUUCAGGCGACCGGGCUACCUCAGGAAUCCACAAACUGCUCGGCUGAGCCAAACAGCCGAAACAGCCGGGCUUCCAAACAUCUUUAAGCUUCUACUUGAUGCUCGUUUCAGCUGAUUUGUAGCUCAAGACACUGUUUUUUUUCUCCUGCUAUUUUGCUGCUUUAAGUGUCGUCACUGUAUCGCUCCGUUAUCCAGAAACAACUCUGAGUUGGUUCAUCCUGAGUAUAGGGAAACCCUGAGUUUGUCACCUUGGGAACCAAACACCUGGAUAUACUUCAGUCAGAAUCUCCGUCCAGUAAAGUUUAACUCUUGAAACAGCCCAACUCUGUGUUUUCAUCUCGAUGAUGACUUUGUGUUGCUCUUUACUCAGGGUUAAGGUACUCUGAGUUAUUUAACAUUAAUGUAGCCUUUUUUUUUGGAACCCCCCUCCUGCUGGAGGUGAUUUAAUUCCAGGUUUGUGGAUUUAACUCCGGGUUUGUGGAUUUAACUCCAGGUUUGUGGUUGAACUCCAGGUUUGUCAACCCCAGGUUUGUGGAUUUAACUCCAGGUUUGUGGUUGAACUCCAGGUUUGUGGUUGAACUCCRGGUUUGUCAACCCCAGGUUUGUGGAUUUAACUCCGGGUUUGUGGAUUUAACUCCAGGUGGAUUUAACUCCUGGUUUGUGGAUUUAACUCCAGGUUUGUGGUUGAACUCCGGGUUUGUGGUUGAACUCCGGGUUUGUGGUUGAACUCCGGGUUUGUGGUUGAACUCCGGGUUUGUCGACCCCAGGUUUGUGAAUUUAACUCCAGGUUUGUGGAUUUAACUCAGAGUUUGUGAAUUUAACUCCAGGUUUGUGGAUUUAACUCCAAGUUUGUGGAUUUAACUCCAGGUUUGUGGUUGAACUCCGGGUUUUUCGACCCCAGGUUUGUGAAUUUAACUCCAGGUUUGUGGAUUUAACUCAAAGUUUGUGGAUUUAACUCAAAGUUUGUGGAUUUAACUCCAAGUUUGUGGAUUUAACUCCAAGUUUGUGGAUUUAACUCCAGGUUUGUGGUUGAACUCCGGGUUUGUGGUUGAACUCCGGGUUUGUCUACCCCAGGUUUGUGGAUUUAACUCCAGGUUUGUGGAUUUAACUCCAGGUUUGUGGAUUUAACUCAGAGUUUGUGGAUUUAACUCAGAGUUUGUGGAUUUAACUCAGAGUUUGUGGAUUUAACUCGAGGUUUGUCGGCCCCGCCUCGCUCCGGACGGCUGCUGUGACAGUUCUGAUGUUCUGCUGUUGCUCCGAGGCUGAAGGGUGAACCCAGAAUGAUGCCUUCAAGUGCCGUUAGGUUUGUUUUCACGCGAGCGAUCCGAGCCUGACUUAGAGACGCCACUUUGACCUUAUGGUUUAUUUUGGUUGGUUAAAGUGCCGCACGCUGUUUUUCUUCACCAAAUUAAAAGAAGUUUAAUCUCAGAGCGUUAAUUUGAUUCUGUUUUCCUGCUGAAGCCUUAAAUCACUUCUUCUAAAAGACGCCUUGGUUCUGCCCAAAGACCCAUCAAUCAUCUCAGACGUUUGUGGUUUUGUUUCUGACUCUGAUGAACCCGUCACAUUAAAGUUACUGUAUUUUAUUUUGAAGUGUCUGACACUGGUUCAAACAUUAUUUAUGUUUUUACUGAUCCAUCCUUUUUACGUUUCCACUGUGUGCCUAUCAAACAGCAAGAGAAUGGGGGGAAAUAACAUUAUAUUUUUGGUGCUACUGAUUUUUGGAGAAAAAAAACAAUAUUUGUAUGAUGCCUGUAUUUGGUGCCUUUUUUUUUAGAAAUAAAAUAAAUUUAAUAUUAAAAA